AUGGAUAGCGACUUAGCUCAACAAUUACAAAAUGAUGAAGAUAGAAAAUUAGCAUUAGAAAUUAAUCGUAGCAUGCCAGUUGAAACAGAAAUCACAUUGUCUGAAUCUCCUCCCAUUUAUGAAGAAUUGGUUAUGGAUAAUUCUACAGUCACACCAUCCGUGCAACAAUCUGAUCUACCAACAGAGAAUAAUGAUUAUCUAGUUGCUUUGAUGCUUCAGAAAGAAUAUAACGAUGAAUUUAAUAAUAUGGUUAAACGAUAUGAAACAACAAUGAAUAAGAAUAGUAAAGUGAAAUUAUCAAUGAAAAAUUAUAUGCUUCUCUCAUCCCCGCAACACAACGAUAGUAAAAUUGAUGAAGACGAUGUAAUAAUUGAGAAGGAAGAAGCAUUUAGUGAUAAUGAAAUAGAAGAAAAAGUACCAUCGUUUAAUAAACGAGGAACAUCUGGAAAAGGAGCAUCUAUGGUAACAAAACAUAAUCCAGUUAUUUGUGGAAAACGAAAUGUUUCAAAAAUAAUGAAUACUUUUCCACCUGAGUUCGAUACUGGAGAUGGGAUCACUGUUAACUUGCAAUUAUCAAAUAAAAUUUAUAAUGAGUUAAAAACUCAUUCACUAGCAGAAGAAAGACGAAUGACAAGAUUACAUGACAAAGUUGAAAAAGCAACAGCCAGUUUGGCGUUUGAUCCCAAAACGCGUAUUAUCUUGUACAAAAUGUUGAAUUCGUGUGUACUAGAUGAACUAGGUUCAAUUAUAGCUACCGGAAAAGAAUCUAUUGUGCUCUAUGGUAAAGGUGGAAAGACAGAGGCACAUAAUAUGCCACCAGAAUGCGCCAUAAAGGUGUUCAAAACAACAUUGAAUGAGUUUCGCACACGAGAAAAAUAUCUACGCCACGAUCAUCCUUUCAAAUACGGAUAUAAACAUUGGAAUCCACGCAGAAUUAUUAAACUUUGGGCGAAAAAAGAAAUGUUCAAUUUACAAUGUUUACUUCGUGCUGGAAUUUUGUGUCCACGUCCUGUGUUGUUAAAAAAACAUGUUCUUAUACUAUCAUUUAUUGGUGAAAAUGGUGUUCCAGCCCAGCGACUUCGUGAUAUAACAUUAAAUCAACAAGAUUUAUUAAUCGCUUAUCAACAAUGUUUAGAGUUAUUACGACGUAUUUAUCAUGAUUGUAAAUUGAUCCAUGCUGAUUUUAGUGAAUAUAAUUUAUUAUGGUUUAAAAAUAAUAUUUGGGUGAUUGAUGUUGCCCAAUCUGUUGAACAACAUCAUCCACAUGCCUAUGAAUAUCUCCUUCGUGAUUGUACAAAUGUUUCCACCUAUUUUAGAAAACAUAAUCGAGAUGAAAAUACAACAAUUUUAUCACCAGAAGAAAUUUUUAAUUAUGUAACCGAUUUAAAAUUUGAAAAAAAAGGACAAGAAUUUUUGGCUGAAAUAGUACAACAUGUUAAAAAUAUUCGAUCACAAUUGGAAGCUGUCGAAGAAAAAGAUAAUUUUUCAUUUGAAUAUUUUUUUAAUAAGUCAGCUAACAUAGAUGAUGAAACAUCGUCUAGUUCAUCUGAAGAAGAAGAUGUAGAAAAACAAGAUACUAAUAACGAUGAUGAAAAUUAUGUUGAUAUUAGUUCAGACGAUGAACAAAAAAUCAUACAAUCAAAAUGUUCAAGAAAAAAAUUGACAUGUGCUCCGCGAAAAUUAGCAACGAAACAUCUGUAA